AGAAAGAAACAACAUUGAAUGCGAUGCCCAACUCUAUUGGGAACACAUCAUUUGCAACCAUUGUUUAGUUGCCCAUUGGCAUUUCCUACCCCCUCUCCUUCAUACACUCCCACAUUCCUUUGAAUCUAUUCCCAUCACCCUCUCUUUCUCUCUCUCUCCCCUUACAUUCCAUCUUUUUAUCGUCCUUUCAAAAUAAAACUAAAUUAACAACACUGAAAUUCAACCUUUUUUUUGGUUUUUUAUUUGCAUAUGAUUAAUUAAAAUUAAGAACAACUCCCCAUCUAGAUUGAUUGAUUUAAUUUCAGUCUGACUAUGUCGAUUGAUUUGCAAUUGGGAAAAUUCUCUGUCAAAUAAAUAAAUGUUUAUUUAAAUCGUUGAAAAUUACUAUAAGGGAAUGAAUGCUGUAAUUGAUAAUCAUGAUGAUUUUGAUGAUUGUUCUGAUUAUGUUGAGACUGAUCCCACUGGAAGAUAUGGAAGAUAUAAUGAAAUUCUGGGCAAAGGGUCAUCUAAGAUAGUGUACAGAGGAUUUGAUGAAUAUGAAGGAAUUGAAGUGGCUUGGAAUCAAGUUAAGCUUACAGAUUUUCUGCAAAGACCUGAAGAUCUCGAAAGGCUUUACAGUGAAAUUCAUCUGCUGAAAACCUUAAAACACAAGAAUAUUAUGAAGUUUUGCACUUCGUGGGUUGACAUUACCAACAGGAACAUCAAUUUUGUCACUGAAAUGUUCACCUCUGGUACUCUGAGACAGUAUAGGGUGAAGCAUAAAAAGGUUAACAUUAGAGCAGUAAAACAUUGGUGUAGGCAAAUCCUAGAAGGGCUAUUGUAUCUUCAUAGUCAUGACCCUCCAGUGAUACACAGAGAUCUCAAAUGUGACAACAUUUUCAUUAAUGGGAACCAAGGUGAAGUCAAGAUUGGAGAUCUUGGAUUAGCUGCCAUACUGAGGAAAUCUCAUGCUGCCCGUUGUGUUGGUACGCCAGAAUUCAUGGCCCCAGAGGUUUAUGCCGAGGAAUACAAUGAAUUAGUUGACAUCUACUCGUUUGGGAUGUGUGUACUCGAAAUGGUUACCUUUGAUUAUCCUUAUAGUGAAUGCACACAUCCUGCUCAAAUCUACAAGAAAGUAGUUUCUGGGAAAAAGCCGGAUGCUCUUUACAAAGUGAAGAACCCGGAAGUGCGCCUCUUUGUUGAGAAAUGCUUAGAAACUGUCACUAGUAGAUUAUCUGCGAAGGAGCUACUAGAACACCCAUUUUUGCAAAACGACGAUAAGGGAUAUAAUUUGAGGCCAAUUGAUGAUGAUAAAGAUUUUGACAAAAUAAGUCAAGUGGUUCAAUCACCUUACCAAAAUGAGAGGUCUUUGAUGAAUAGUAGUAGUGGGUGUGACCAUGCUGGCUGUGACUAUGUUGGCUAUGAACCUGAUCAUGAACAUGAGUAUCAAACACUAGAGUUAGCAGCCAAUGAAAUUGAGCUAUUUACUUUUCUGGAGGAUGACGAUUUGACAGAUAUGGACAUCAGCAUCAAGGGAAAGAAAAGAGCAAAUGGUGAUAUCUUUUUAAGACUGAGAAUUACUGAUAAAGAAGGGCGAGUACGAAAUAUAUACUUCCCUUUUAACAUUAAGAGUGAUACUGCUAUGAGCGUUACUACGGAAAUGGUUUCUGAACUCAGUAUCAAGGAAGAAGACAUGAUGAGAAUAGCAGAUAUGAUUGAUUGCGAGAUAGCUUCCUUAGUCCCCGAAUGGAAGAAGGGUACAUACGAAGAAGAAAAUGAAUACGAAUACGAAGCCUCUGAGUGUGAAAGCAUAAACAAUGAUAAUGAUUCAGUGAUUGAGCGUUAUUCUUUAGCAGAUUAUCUUACCUUUGGUAGCCCCAGGCCCCGCAAUAUCCAACUCCUUCGUUGUGCUAGUCAUGGAUCGACUUCUAUGCGUGGACGUUUUGAAGAGAUAACUUAUCCAUUAGAGGCUGAUCCGGGUGUAAUAGCAAAUACAGAUACAGUGGGUCAUCAUCAACGUCGACCCAGUUUAAACUUCCAUUUUGGUGAAACCUUUGAACAACAAGAUCAAACAAGUUGUGAGAAUACCAUUAAUUAUAGUGAAACUCAGACGCCAUACAACUCCCCUUCUGGUUCCAUUGUAGAUGAAAGGGAGUAUGAGAACGAGGCAAGGAAGGAGUUGAGAUGGCUGAAAACCAAGUACGAAAUACAGCUGAGAGAUGAAAAUGAAAGUGCAGACAUGAAGAUGAAGACACGUUUGUUAGCUGCAGAAAAGGAUUACCAUAUGAAGAGAAACAAGAAGAUAUCAUUUCAUCCAUUGGAAAGAGGAUUAGAUGUGAAGGAUCUGAAGAAGGCAUUGGAAAAGCACUUUACGCCUCAAUUUCCUUCAAAUCAUGCUAAGAAGAAGCUCCCAAGUCGAAUGCUUCAGAGUGAGUGUUGUAGCCCAGAGAAUUUGGUCACUUCUAACAAGUUUUACACAGGAGGACCUAUCCUCCCUCAUUCUCUUCAUAGAACAACUUCUCUACCUGUUGAUACGUUAGACUUUUAAACCCAACCAACCAUCAAAACUUUCAUUUUUUUUUUUAUAAUUUAAUUUACUCGCUAUAUUACCAUUAGUCUUGUACAAUAUUUAAACUUAGGUGCAUUUUUCCUCCCAUGGAUGGAGUGAGAUUCGAUGGAAAUAAUUAUAUUGAAUUGUGAAUAUGUGAUAAUCGGAUAUUGUUUGAUACAA